AUGGGUCGUCGAAGGAAGCGUUCGCCUUCAGUUUCCGAUUCCUCUGAAGAUGAGGUUCGGUAUCGUGUAAGGAAGUUGAGAGAAGCUUUUGAGCGCCGUGAGCGUCAUCUUGCUCGUGCUAGAGAUCACUUUAAUUUCCCUGCGGAGCCCCCUUCUUCGUCGCUUGCUUCUGAAGCUGGGGCUGUAGAAGAGACGGCGGAGGGAAUUCCUGACCCGGUGGGCAGUGAAGGUCGAGAGGCAGUGGUGCCGCUAGACGAUGGAAUUCUGAAAAUUCUGGGACGACAGGAGUCAUCGAGCAUUAACUCAGAAGUUAUUCACCGAGAUUUGGCUGAGAUUUGGGGAAAAAUCCUUCAAUCUGGGUUAACCGAGGAUGCUCGUUCAGCCAUUAUGGCAAAGUAUCCUUUGAUCUCAAAUUGUCCCCUUUUGGAACCCCCAAAAGUGAACCGUGAGGUUAAAAACUCUGUCUCCGAAGCUACGUUGGCCCGAGACUCUCGAUUGAUGGCUAUGCAGAGCAGAAUUUGUUCAGCCCUCUCGGCAUUAGGAAGUGCUAUCAACAUUCUUCUGAUUGAAGAUGAAGAUACGAGUCGCCUGUUGGUGGAAAAGUGCAGUGAUGCAGCUCGCCUGAUCGCCGACCUUCAUCAUGAACAAUCACAAGCCCGUCGAAUGAUCUUGAAAGGUGCUCUUAACAAGGACCUGGCUGCUACUUUAACUGAAGUCUCGGUGGAUGGUUGGUUAUUUGGCGAUAACUUGAGUGAUCGUAUUAAGGCAGCAAAAGCCUUAGACAAGACUACGGUGGAAUUACGUGCUCGUUCAGCUUCCAAUCCAGUAGCUCCUCGGGCUGUGCCUUCGUUAAACUUCCGAGGUCCCCCUCGAUUUGCAAUGAAACAGCAGGCUCGUCAAGGUGGACCGCGUACCCAAGUUCAGAGCCUAAGAUCGCAGAUCAAGAAAUCGUUGACAACCAGGUCUGCUCCGUCCUUCCGUCCUCAGCGGUUUCCUCCAGCAUCUCGAGAGGAGCGUUUUCACCGGCCGUCGAGACGCCAUUGAGGCCUCUAAUUCAAAAGGAGACACCCGCUAGAGCCCAAACUUUCCCUGGUGGCAGGACUGUUAUCAGGGAGGCUUUUCUAAAGAGGGGUGUUCCAGAGUCAGCAGUUCGGAUCCUGGUUUCGUCUAUUACAACAUCCACGUUGCGACAAUAUGAAGUUGCACUUAAAAAAUGGUGGAACUUCUGUUCACAGAGAUGUGUGGAUCCCUUCACAAAGGACGUUUCGUCUAUUACAACAUCCACGUUGCGACAAUAUGAAGUUGCACUUAAAAAAUGGUGGAACUUCUGUUCACAGAGAUGUGUGGAUCCCUUCACAAAGGACGUUUCCUUGGUUCUGGAUUUUUUAGCUCUCCAGUUUGAUCAAGGGAUUGGUUAUAGCACUAUUUGCUCAGCUCGUUCUGCGCUAUCUUUGCUUAUUUCCCCUGAAGUGGGAGAAGAUGCAAAAGUCAAGCGACUCAUUAAAGGAGUUUUUAACUUAAGAGCUCCCGCUCCCAAAUAUAAUUCGACAUGGGACCCGGGACUUGUGUUACAAUAUUUGGGAUCUCUUUACCCUAAUAAUGUUAUUUCGAUACAGUUAUUGUCAGUUAAACUGAUAACGUUAUUAGCCUUGGUAACGGCUCACCGCUUACAGACCUUUUCGGUUAUUCAAAUUACUAACAUAGAGCACAAGGCAGAUGGAAUAGAAAUUAAGAUUCCUGCUCGUAUUAAGACCUCUUCGAUAGGGAAUUGUCAGCCAGCUUUAUUUCUUCCGUUUUUUGUGGACAAACCUGAGGUGUGCGCUGCUUCUGCACUGGAGAUGUAUCUUAGUAGAACUAAACCUAUUCGUGGAACACUGGACAAGCUAUUUGUAAGUCUUCGCAAACCUUAUAGAGAAAUCUCUGCUCAGACGUUGAGUCGUUGGGUAAAGAUUGGGCUGAAAAAUAGUGGAAUAGACACAGAUAGCUUCUCUGCUUAUAGUACUCGACAUGCUGCAGUGUCGGCAGCGAACAGAAAAGGAGUUCAUCUGGAUGUGAUUCGUAAAACUGCUGGGUGGUCGCAAGAUUCUAACAUGUUUGCCCGAUUUUAUAAUCGACCAUUGGCAAACCGUGGGGUUUUUGCCAGAGCCAUAUUAAAAACUUGUUAGUUUAUUUAUACUGUUAUUUACACUCAGAAUGUGUAUUUGGUUUUCAUGUAUUGAUUUUAUUUCUUUCGAAAUAAAGUGUUAUUCAGUCGCAAUGUACUUUAAACAUCUACAUUGAGUGAUCUUGAGGGCGGGGUGAGCAUAUAAUUAUUAGAUUAAACGAACUUACCUGUGAAGUUUGAUCAUAAUUAUA